UCACCGAAGCCAGUGCGAAGCCAUAAAAACAGGUUCACCAACAUGUGAUGCAGAAUUGACCAAUCAGGAUCGAGCAUUACUGGAGGACCUCCCUAUGACUCAUCAAGUUUGGAUAUAGGAAGUGCAGGUGAGAGAAUCUGAGACGGACUGUUGUUAGUCCUCCUUUCUUUUGCCUUUAUAACUCAGGUACAAUUUAUGAAUUGAUAAAAAUAAUAGUGUGUUGGUAGGAAUAGAACUAUUCUUUAAAAGCAUCAAAGGUUAAUGGACUUCAGCAGGAGAAACUAAGAACGUAAUGGCUUCACUAUCAGAAGAGGACUACACCUGUCCUGUGUGCUGUGACAUCUACAAGGAUCCAGUUUUCAUGUCCUGUAGCCAUAGUGUGUGUAAGGCCUGUCUGCAGCAGUUCUGGAAAACCAAAGGGUCCAAAGAAUGUCCAGUUUGUAGGAGAAGAUCUUCCAGGGAGAAUCCACCACUUAACCUUAAUUUGAGGAAUCUAUGUGAAGCCUUUUUAAAAGAGAAAGUUCAUAGAGCUUCAGCAGGGUCUGAGGUGCUCUGCAAACUGCACAAUGAGAUACUUAAGCUCUUCUGUCAGGAGGAUAAACAGCCUGCGUGUGUGGUGUGCCAGACCUCAAAACUACACAGAGGGCACUCAUUCAGUCCUGUUGAUGAAGCUGCAACAGACAUGAAGAUGGAACUCAAUGUCAAGCUGGAUACCCUGAAAAAUAAUUUGAAGACAUUUGAAGGCGUUCAACUGUCAAUCUGUGACCAAAUAGAAACGUAUAUUAAGACUCAGGUUCACACCACAGAGAGGCAGAUCAAGCGGGAGUUUGAGAAGCUUCACCAGUUUCUACGAGAUGAAGAGGCAGCCAGGAUAACUGCACUGAGGGAGGAAGAGGAGCAGAAGAGUCAGAUGAUGAAAGAGAAGAUUGACAAGAUGAGCAGAGAUAUGUCAUCUCUUUCAGACACAAUCAAAGCCAUAGAGGAGGAGAUGAAAACUGAUGAUGUCACAUUCCUGCAGAACUACAAUAGCCUUGUGGACAGAGCCGAGUGGACACUACAGGAUCCAGAGAAGCUUUCAGGAGCACUGAUCAAUGUAGCAAUACACCUGGGCAACCUGAAGUUCAGAGUCUGGGAGAAGAUGGAGGGGAUUUUUCAAUACACUCCUGUCACUUUGGAUCCCAACACUGCCCAUUCACAACUCAUCCUGUCUGAGGACCUGACCAGUGUGAGAUGGGGUGAUGAGAGACAGCAGCUUCCCGAUAACUCAGAGAGGUUUGAUAAGUAUGCCAGUGUGGUGGGCUCUGAGGGCUUUAACUCAGGAACACACUGCUGGGAUGUGGAGGUUGGGGAGAACACAUCGUGGAGUGUGGGUGUGAUGACCCAGUCUUUCCAGAGGAAGGGAGAUCUCCUCUCCAUGAGUGGACGGUGGAUUGUGUGGUAUAGAAAUGGUAAUUAUUUUGCACGUGCCCCACCACAGCCUACCAAUAUGCUCACACUACAGCAGAAACUCCAGAGGAUCAGAGUGCAGCUGGACUGGGACAGAGGAAAACUGUCAUUCACUAACCCUGAUAAUAACACACAACUACACACUUUCACACACACUUUCACUGAGAGAGUGUUCCCAUUUAUUAAGAUGGGUUGUGAUGUCUCUCCUCUGAGGAUCCUAUCAGUGAAGCUGUAAGCAGCAUCAGAGAUAUGACACCACUUCCUGUGAGCAGUGGAGCAAUGAUUUCCCAGUAUUAUGAAGCUUUAUGAUUCAUUAUAAAAUAUUGUGAAGCAUUUUGAUAAAUGGUGAAAUUAAUUGUGUACACAGCAAUGUAUCAUAAGCGUUAUGAAGGCUCAUGAGCACGGAUCUGAUACAGAUGCAUGAAAGGCAAAUCAAAGGGAGCUCUCUCAUGCACACAGGCAUGCACGCACGUACACACACACACACUGAUAUGAAUACAUGAUGUAAGUCUGUGGACAGUUAAUUAGUCGCUAAUAAUGUUGUUCCCAGAGGAUAGUCAUGAGUUCUCAGUGUUAUGAAGCUUCAUAAAGCAUCAUGAGCUAUUAUGAAGAGUUAUGAGCAGCAUUGAAUGUUCAUCAAUGUAUCAUCAGUGGCAUACCAUAAAUAGUAUGAAAUGUUAUGAAUCAUUGUAGGCCUACAUGACAUGGUACACAUGCAUGCCUGAUUAAAUGGAAUAAUCUGAUGCA